GUGCCAAUCAGUGGGGUCCACCUCUCUCACCUGUCUAUAUGAGCGGCUCUCUCCGGGCAGCAUGGCCGCUCUCUCUGCUCCAGGCCUCCGUCGACACCUGUGGAUAAGUAGCUGCAGCGGCCCGGAACGGGAACUCUGUUUCCGGCUGUAACCAUGGCCAGGACCGGCGUCUCCGACCCCAAGCCCCUGCUGGACUUACACAAGAGGGUGGAUGAAAGGCGGCCCCCGUUAAGAGCUUUGGCUAAUGCCUGUGGACCUAUAGACCGCUGGCAGCCUGUAGAAGUAGAAGAGUCCAGGAAGGUGCCUGUCAAAGUGGAGCCAGAAUGCAGAUGGGAAAGGAGGUUAUUAACGCAGACCAGUGAAGGCAUCAUCAUGGGUUUCCAUGAAGACAGUCUGAUGCACUCAGACGAUGUCGAGGGGUGUGUGGAGGAGCACAUGCUUCUUUACCCUCAUGGCCUGCAGAGUCUCCACAGCCUUCAGGCGCUGGUACCCAGCCUGCUGCGCCUUGAAGUCGAGACGGCCCUGGAGAAAUUGGGCCUCAUAUGGGACCGAACAUACGGCUGGGAAAUGUUUUUGGUCAUGAUGAGGACUCAAACACGGAGCUCUUUUCCCAACGCUGACCUGCCCCGGCAUUUCACUGAUGCCACUCGAGCUGUGCUGGUAGACUGGCUCAUUCAAGUUCAUGAAAUGAUGCAUUUCCAGGAAGAGACCCUCUAUCUGGCCAUACACCUCGUCAACUGCUCAUUGCGUCAGAUUAAGGUGACCACAGCCAAUCUGCAGCUCCUCGGCAUGGUUUGCCUCUUCAUUGCUGCAAAAUUAGAAGAGUGUCUCCUCCCUGAGGUGUCUGGACUCUGCUACUUAAUGGACCACACCUACACAAAGCAUCAGCUACUGCGACUGGAACGCAAAGUCCUCUGUGGGCUCAAGUUUGAUUUGACUUACUGUCCCCCUCUGCACUUCCUUCUCCUUUUUGCCUCCAUUGCUCGCUGCAGUGCAAAGGUGGUAUGGAUGGCUCGGUACCUGCUGGAGCUCUCUCUGCUGGAGGGCCAGUGUGUGGUGUUCCUCCCUUCACAGCUGGCUGGAGCCGCCCUCUGCUUGUCCCGCCAAGUCCUGCUCGAGCCCCCGACACCAGAGGGAGAGGCCGCCUGGUGCCUGGCCUCCAGUAUCCAUGUCGGCAGUGAGACUGCCCUGCUGACGAUGAUGCACAUUCUGGCCAACGCUGCAGCCAAAGCCCACACACGAGAGACCUGUGCAACUUUUAUUAAAUUCUCCUCCCCAGAGACCAUGCACGUCAGCAGACACCCGGGUCUGAAGAACGCCUCGGCUCUGUUGGGUGUACGUACUUGACAUAUCUGACUCACAGGAACUUCACAGAAUCCCAGAGCUUCAAGGUAGAGGUACUAGACUGUUAUAACUUGAGUACUUGACUCCUUUGUAUUCCACGCCUCUGGAUCCUGAGGAAUUACCAUGGAAAAGGGUGAGGAAGAAGUUUGAAAGAUUUAAUGCAAAUUGUUUGAUAGAGAACUGCAUGCACUACGCAUGCAUGUGAUUUAGCCAGGCUAGUGGCACACGUGUUUUAUGAUCUUAUCUUGCAGCCGAUUUAAAAAAUAUUUGAAUUGUAAUGAUGUGUCCUUGUCUUUUCAUUUGUGGAGAGGUUGUGGGCUGUCUAUAUCUAUAUUUGAAAAUUUUAAUGUAAAAAUAAAGUGUCUGCUGCAAAGGUA